AUGGAAACAGAUAAAAUUUCAAAAGCUUAUCAUCAACGAAGCCAUUCAAAAGCAAAUGACAAAGAAUCAAGAUUUUUAAAAGAAUUAUUUGACGUGAACAGUGAAUUAAUGUCAGCAAAAAGCUCAGAAAAAAUAUUUUCAUGCUAUGAACGAAGAUCAGAAAUUUAUUUACGAAUGAAGCAAUAUAGUAAAUGCAUGAGAAAUAUUAAUGCUGCAAGAGAAAAUGGAACAAGUACGAACAUUUUAAACAUGAAGAAAGAAUGUCUUGAAUUAAUUAAAACUGAUUAUGAAAUUCAUCCAAAGAAAUUAGAUUUCUUUGAACUUUCGCACUCGCGUAACAAAAGAAAUCCUUCAUUGGCAGAAUGUCUGAAACUUUGUGUGAAUGAUAAAUAUGGAAGACAUAUUGUAACCACGAAAAGAUUGACGCCAGGCGACUUUGUUCUUAUUGAUAAACCAUUUUAUAAAUCACUUGACAAGAAUUUUUCUUGUAGUCGGUGUGUGAAUUGCCUGAAAUGCAACUUGUUUGAUCUUGAUCCUUGUAAAUCAUGUGCUUCAGUUAUGUUUUGUUCAAAAGUUUGUGAGGAUAAUGCGUGGGAGGAAUUUCAUAAGUUUGAAUGUUCAACAAUAAAGAAAUACACACAAGACGAUGGCUUUCUAAUGAUGAUUCAAAGAACUUUAUUCAAGAUUAUGAAAAUAUAUGAAAGCGUGGAUAAUUUAGGAAAACUAUUAAAAAAUGAUUUAAAAUCAGAAACAAUCUUUGAUCUCGAUGUUAGUAAAGGUUCACGUAAACAACAUGAAAAGAAAUUUGUCGACGUUUGUUUCUCAUUGGAAUUUUCAACACCAACUGAUCAAGAAAAAUCUUUUGCGAAGAGUUUUGUCAAUUAUCACCCAUAUAUCCGUCAAAUUUGGCAGACUCAAAGCCAGAAAAACAUUCUCAUCGAGUUUGUUAUUAGAGUUAUAGGCAUUUUGAAUCGAAAUUCCUUCACUAUGCAUUGGAAUUCUUCUUGGAUAUCUGAUGGUGAUGCAACGGGAUGUGCGGUCUUACCAUCAGCAUCGUUUAUAAAUCAUUCAUGUUCACCAAACCUUCAUUGGAUUUGUAUUGAUGAUGAGAUUAUUUUUAUUGUACGAAAACCAAUUGAAGUGAACGAACAAUUAUUCAUUUGCUAUCAGUAA